CUGGACUCCAAACUGACAAGACUGUCUGGAUCUUAUUUUCUAAAUUCCAAAUUUGAUAUAAUAAGAGCAAAUGAGGACACACGUUUGAUUUCCCCUCCUGUUUUGAGGCAUUUCUUCGUCCAGGCAGAUGUCAAGGAGGGCUUUCUUAAGGAAUAAUAUGGAUGAAGCCAAGAAGAGGGGCUGAGGAAUUAUUGAAACGCUUUUGGAUGAAACGUUUUGGCUGACAUCAGAAGCUGGUUAUCUCUUACCCUGCGACGACAUCGACGAGGCAACAGGCAUGAUUUUGAUGUUGCAGCCAAACAGCAAAUAAAUCUCACUGCAUGCGCUUUUUGCUCUGUCAUAUCUUUUUUUUCGACGUAUAAGAACGACAUUUCUCUGGGAUAAAAAAAAAAAAAAUGGCUCACCUAAUCCGGCACAAGCUCUCAAAUAAACUGACCAACGCGGCCCACACGGUGUCAAACAAAUCUCAGGCCAAGGUCAGCGGGGUGUUCGCCCGUUUGGGCUUCCAGGCGGCCACGGAUGAGGAGGGUCUGGGUUUCGCCGAGUGCGACGACUUGGAUUAUGACUACAGGCAAGGGAUGCAAAUGGACGUCCUCCAGGGAGAAGAGGAAGGGGGAGACAUGGAAGGAGAGGAGGGUCUGGAGGGAGACAGCCACUACCAGAGGGACGGCACCGGCCCCCGGCCCUCCCUGAAGACCGGGGGCUCUCUGGAGGAGGACAAGCCCAAAAUCACGUCAUGGGAAGCCGGCUGGAACGUGACCAAUGCCAUUCAGGGCAUGUUCGUCCUCGGCCUGCCGUACGCCAUCCUCCACGGCGGCUACCUCGGCCUCUUCCUCAUUAUCUUCGCGGCCGUGGUGUGCUGCUACACCGGCAAGAUCCUCAUCGCCUGCCUGUACGAGGAGAACGAGGACGGCAUCAAGGUGCGCGUGAGGGACUCCUACGUGGACAUCGCCAACGCCUGCUGCGCGCCCCGCUUCCCCGCGCUGGGCGGCCACGUGGUGAACGUGGCCCAGAUCAUCGAGCUCAUCAUGACCUGCAUCCUCUACGUGGUGGUGAGCGGUAACCUGAUGUACAACAGCUUCCCGGGGUUUCCCGUCUCCCAGAAGGCCUGGUCAGUGGUGGCCACGGUGGCCCUCCUGCCCUGUGCCUUCUUGAAGAACCUCAAGGCCGUGUCCAAGUUCAGCUUGCUCUGCACCCUGGCGCACUUCGUCAUCAACAUCCUCGUGAUCGCCUACUGCCUCUCCAGGGCUCGAGACUGGGCCUGGGAGAAGGUGAAGUUCUACAUCGACGUGAAGAAAUUCCCCAUCUCCAUCGGCAUCAUCGUGUUCAGCUACACCUCCCAGAUCUUCCUCCCCUCCCUGGAGGGAAACAUGCAGAAGCCCAGUGAGUUCCACUGCAUGAUGGACUGGACUCACAUCUCUGCCUGUGUCCUCAAGGGCCUCUUUGCUCUGGUGGCCUACUUGACGUGGGCAGAUGCCACCAAAGAGGUCAUCACAGAUAACCUGCCGUCCACAAUCCGAGCAGUGGUCAACAUCUUCCUUGUUGCCAAAGCUUUGCUGUCCUACCCAUUACCCUUCUUUGCUGCGGUUGAAGUUCUGGAGAAAUCCUUUUUCCAGGACGGUGGGCGAGCCUUCUUCCCUGACUGCUACGGCCCCGGUGGGCAGUUGAAAACCUGGGGUCUGGGCCUUCGAAUAGUCCUAGUAGUCUUCACCUUGCUCAUGGCGAUCUUCGUCCCUCAUUUCGCCCUCCUCAUGGGUUUAACUGGCAGCCUGACUGGCGCAGGCCUGUGCUUCCUCUUGCCAAGCCUCUUCCACCUCAAGCUCCAGUGGAGAAAUCUCCUCUGGCACCAUGUCUUCUUUGACGUUGCCAUUUUUGUUAUCGGGGGCAUAUGUGCCAUAUCUGGCUUCAUUCACUCUGUUGAAGGACUGAUAGAGGCGUACACGUACGAUAUCCACGACUGAGAGCUCCAGAGAGGGCCUCUGUUGAAUAUUAAUGCCCUAUAAAAGGACUCAAAGUUCAAGAAAACACAUAGACAACUUGAUAUCCAAUCUCAUGAGGGGGAUUAUUUGUGUGAAAUGUACAUCUUUUUUUAUUUUGCCUUCGUCAUAAUGUGCAAUAAUAAACUCUACAGUCAUAGUGUAAAGUAGUUAAUCCUUCCAGAAAAAAAAGUUUGAAUGACUGGACAGAGGAACCGAAUCUCCACGUGGAAGGGGGUGGUUAUGCAGGCCCUAAAAAGCCUCUCCAGGUCUCAGUCUUCUUGCAACGAUCCAGUGAAAAUGUCCAACGUGGGUCUAACGUGAGUGUGUAAGUGUUUUUAUCUGGGGAAUGAUAUAUGUGGAAAACAAUGGAAUGAAAAUGUUAUUGGUUUUUUGAGCUGCUAGGUAUCAUUAAUCCCACUUCAGAGAAAACAAAACGCACCCAUCAGCUCAGAUGGUGCUCCAUGAACCAUGACUAACUUAUGUGUAGUGGUUUGAACUGAAUUAUUCUUUUCUAAUGGUUUUGUGUUUUCUUUCUCAUUCUUAUGCCAGUCUUGUUGUGGUCCCCGUUGGCUCGUUUGUUUUUUUGGUGUUUCAAGUGUCAUUCUGGAUGAAGUGAAUAAGUGCAAGAAAGUGGGUCCUAAUUGUGUUAUAUAACAGUAUCUGUCUGAUAAUAUUUUGUUCCUAUUGAACUUGUUAAUCGUGAUUUAAUGGAACUAAUCAUGGUGUGUGAGACAAAGAGUAUUUGUUGAAUUAAGAGAUAAAUAAAUCAAGUAUUUUGUGGCUG